GUUCUUACAUUUUUUUUUCUAUACAUAUAACUUUCUUUUUGUUAAAUACCCUCCCACUUAAACAAAUAUUUUAUCAAGAAAUUAUCUAAAUAUGUCACGUACUCUCUAUGAUAAAGUUUGGGAUGAUCAUGUCAUUGAUCAACAAGAAGAUGGUACAUGCUUAAUUUAUAUCGAUAGACAUCUCGUACAUGAGGUUACUAGUCCUCAAGCCUUUGAAGGUCUUCGUAACGCUGGUCGUCCCGUUCGUCGUCCUGACUGCACUCUUGCUACUGUCGAUCAUAACAUUCCCACGAGUACACGUAAAAACUUUAAAAAUAUUACAACUUUUAUCAAGGAAGCCGAUUCAAGAACUCAGUGUGAAACUCUUGAACAAAAUAUCGAAGCUUUCGGUCUUACUUACUUUGGUAUGGAGGAUAGCCGUCAAGGUAUUGUACAUGUGAUUGGUCCUGAGCAAGGUUUUACCCUUCCCGCAACUACCGUUGUUUGUGGUGAUUCUCACACCUCUACUCACGGUGCAUUCGGUGCUCUUGCUUUUGGUAUUGGAACUUCUGAGGUUGAGCACGUACUUGCUACUCAAACCCUUCUUCAAAAGAAGUCAAAAAACAUGAGAGUCCGCGUUCAGGGUGAAGCUCUUCCCGGUGUCACGUCUAAAGACAUUGUGCUUCAUAUUAUUGGUAUUAUUGGAACUGCUGGUGGAACUGGUUGCGUUAUUGAAUUCUGUGGUGAUACUAUUGCUGCUCUCUCAAUGGAGUCUAGAAUGUCGAUCUGUAAUAUGUCAAUUGAAGCCGGUGCUCGUGCUGGUAUGGUUGCUCCAGAUGAUAUCACAUUUGAGUAUCUCCGUGGUAAACCUCUUGCUCCUAAAGGCGAAGAUUGGGAUAACGCUGUCAAUUACUGGAGAUCACUUUCGUCCGAUCCUGAUGCCAAGUACGAUAUCAAUGUUGAGAUAAAUGCAAGUGACAUUGCUCCUACUCUUACUUGGGGUACUAGUCCUCAAGAUGUAGUUGCCAUUACUGGUUCCACUCCUGAUCCUGCAAAAAUUGAUGAUCCUAUCCGUCGCUCUGCUGUUGAGCGUGCUCUUGAUUAUAUUGGUAUUGCUCCUAAUACUCCUAUGGAAGGUGUUAAGGUUGAUAAGGUAUUUAUCGGUAGCUGUACCAAUUCUCGUAUUGAGGAUCUUCGUGCUGCUGCGGCUGUUGUUAAGGGUAAGCGUGCUGCUGAAUGGGUCUAUGCUAUGGUUGUUCCUGGCUCAGGUUUGGUUAAGCGUCAGGCUGAGCGCGAAGGUUUAGAUAAGAUUUUCACAGAUGCUGGUUUCGAUUGGAGAGAAGCUGGUUGCUCAAUGUGUCUUGGUAUGAACCCUGAUCAACUCAAGCCUGGGGAGCGAUGUGCCUCUACUUCUAAUCGUAAUUUUGAAGGUCGACAAGGUGCUGGUGGUCGUACCCAUCUUGUGAGUCCCGCUAUGGCUGCUGCUGCCGGUAUUAAAGGUUGUCUUACUGAUGUUCGUAAUAUGGAAAUUUCUGAUAUUCCCGGUACACCAAAGCAAAGUCCACGCCAGGAAGUUCAGGCCGAAUUUGAAACUGAAGACGAAAAAUCUCCUUCUGUUGCCACACCUAUGAUUGCCACUGGUGCAGCUGCUGGUAUGCCCAAAUUUACUACUCUCAAGGGUUAUGCCGCACCCCUCGAAAUUUCCAACGUGGAUACUGAUAUGAUUAUUCCUAAGCAAUUUCUCAAGACUAUUAAGCGUACUGGCCUUGGUAGUGCACUUUUCUACGCUCUUCGUUUUGACUCUGCCACUGGUGAGGAAAAUCCUGACUUUGUUCUCAACCAGGAACCCUAUCGUCAAGCUCAUAUUUUGGUCUGUACCGGUCCUAAUUUUGGUUGCGGUAGCUCUCGUGAACAUGCUCCUUGGGCUUUUAAUGACUUUGGUAUUCGCUGUAUUCUCGCUCCAAGCUUUGCUGAUAUUUUCUACAACAAUUGUUUCAAAAAUGGUAUGCUUCCUAUCGUUCUUCCUCAAGAUCAGCUUGAAGCUAUUGCUGCAGAGGCUAAGAAGGGAUGUGAGGUUGAGGUUGACCUUAUUAACCAAGUUGUCCGUUAUCCCGGUGGUGAACUUCCUUUCGAAGUUGAAGCUUUCCGUAAGCACUGUCUCGUAAAUGGUUUUGAUGAUAUCGGAUUGACAAUGCAAAAGGCCGACAAAAUUGCUGAAUUUGAAAUUAAGCGUACCAGAACAUGGCCCUGGUUGGAUGGCAAAGGUUAUAAGGGUAAAGCCACCAAGGUAACCGUCAAUGGUGGACAGAAAAAGGCCAAGCUUGAUUGGUAAAUAAUAAAUUUGUAGAAAUACUCCUUUUUCCCUUCUUUUUUUCUAUCUUCUCUGUAUAAUAUCACUUUGCACAAAGUCUCUCAUAAUAUAUUUCAUAAUCUCCAUUGUCUCAUAGUCUAUCUUUUAACUUUUAUAAUAAAAUUCAACACUAUUACAUAA